GGUUCCACGACUUCUCACUCCCUUCCAUGACCGCCGCAACAGAAGUGUUCCUGGUAGUUGCAUCAGGGUAUAUCCCCUGUCUAAAUAGCCCUGGGCAGAUUUCUCACUUAUAUUUUUGAAGAGGCCUUCUGUUCAUUAGUUGUCGCAUCUUCUUGCAAAAGAAGUUGUACAAGGACCUUCAACAACUCGCCCCGCAAGACACGUUGCCAGGGUCCGCAGUGACUCCGCAAUCAAGUAGCACACAACCAUGGCAUUCAACACUCGCGCAGACGUGUUUCUCACUUUGCUUUUCUGAAUGCAGUAUCUUAUUCUGCAUGCUCAUGUGCCAGGGUUUGGAUUGGUUGGAACCGAGGUGUGUCAUAAUUCGAUUGUGCAAGCGCUUGGCUUUCUGUAGUGACUGAGUCGGCACGGUCAUAACAGAAUUCGCCUUCUAAGCUGGCGAAUAGCAUUAUUCCUUCUAUUGUUCACGAUGCUUUUACUUGUUCCCAUGUCGUUCAGCCUCAUCCUGACCUACCGGCCUGAUAAUCCAGGUUUUGUACAAUCUCGUGCACUGCCAAUUCGUGUUGCUUUUGCAUUAGCACCUGUGGCACUUUUUGUAUUUGCCCUUUCAUAUAUCCCACUCCCCGCUGAGCUACUCUUGUACAAUCCGCUAACAGCAGUGACUGCACGGCUGGUCACGUUGGGAACCACAGUCCUCGGACUACUAUCUGGACUCGGUGCAGUUAGUGGUGCAUGGGGCAUCAUCAAUCGGUCUCGAUCAACGCCAUCUGCGUCAUCUAUUGCGUCCGCUGAAAACGCGCUUGAAAGAGUAAAGAACGAUCUACGGGAUCGUUCUCGUGACUUGGAUGACUAUGCAAGCUCAAAGCCGCAACCAGAUGGAUCGUGGCUGUCACGCAUGUCGUUCAAACGAAAUGGACAACAAAACUCGAUCCAACAGGAAGUUAUUGGUCUUCAAGCUCUUGAAGAGCAAAUGAGCCUUCGCGUUGUUGCUCUCAAACGCAACCGAAUUGCAGCAGAGUAUGCAGAGUCGUUCACGGGAAAAACCAUCACGUGGUCAUGGGCAGUCUAUUGUGUCUGCCGAGUAUGUAGUUCAGCCUUCAAUAUUCUCUCUCCGACUGUGUCAAACUCGAGUCCCUCUUCCGCAUCAUAUGGAGAUAUAGUUGCGCACGUACUUGCAUGGCUAUUCUCUUUUCUUCCCAUGUCUGCGACAGGGAAUGAAGGAAAAUCACAAUUUGAUAUUCCAUCUCUAUCAAAACAAAUAAGUCUUUCCCUUGUGGGCGUCAUCAUUUUAUGUUCUCUCCGCUUGGUGCUACGUGGUGUUACCAGAGUAUUCCAUGUCACAUCACGUAAAACAUCAGCAUCACUGAUGUUAUUGACCCUCGCGCAGCUCAUGGGCAUAUAUCUCCUGUCGACUCUUGUCCAGCUUCGCACAACCUUUCCGCCCACAGCAUCCCCUGUGAUAGGCGACUCUCAAGAACCCCAGGGUCCGUCUGAUGAUAGCAUGAACUUGUUUGCGACGCUGCCAGAGUACUCGCUAUUCGGUGGCUUGUUUGAUUGGUCAUUCCUGAUCGGUGCAGCAGGAUGUGCAUUUGCUCGCUGGGUGAGAAGUUCAUUUGAAGGAGACGACUUGGAUGUGUAGUCCUCGAACAUUCAUUGUACAUGUACGCAAUUGGCCCAUUAUUUGGCCUUGUUGAAUUCCCAAGGCUGAUCGAUCGACGUGCCUGCCUAAUCCAACUAAAAGUCUG